UUCCCUCCAAAAAGCAAUGACGAAGUUGCCUGCUUGCCCUGAACGGAAUGCGCUCUUCACCGGAUCACUUUUCGUCCUUUUUGACAACCACAAUUUCUUUCUAUUGUAUCUCUCAGAGAAAACACCAUGCUGUCUUCCUAUGCUACCAUCCUUCUUGUCCUCUUCGCCGCUGUGGUGGGCACGGCUGAUGCCGCUGCAUCUCAUGACAUUUCUGUAGAAUGCGACGACUCCACCCAGGAAAUUUGCAGAGGAACCAGAUACUUUGAGUCUCCCUCGUAUUGGUAUGGAGAGGGCUACGUCGGACGAUACAACUGGGAAUUCACGUUUGUGCGUGGUCUCCCUGAAGGAUACUUUCCCCAGAGCCGACCUCUCAGCUAUGGAAUCUACGAAUACGGCCCUACUGUCACUAUCGAAAUGGAUGUAGAUGCCGUGAAUUGUACCAUUACCGUCGGAAAUGAAACCUGUGCUUCCUGUGACGUUUGCGAUUUGGGCCUCUUUGUGGGUGAAGCGCAGAAUGCCACUGUAUCGGCCGAUUGUUCCAAUCUGCAAACGCAAUUCUACGUUCCGGAUACUGGAGCCGGGAAGAUAAUGGAAUGUGAGGCGGUCCUGCCCUUUUUCUAUCCUUUGGAAAUCCCAGCCAACUUGACGGAUCUUCCAGACCCAAGCUCCGACAUAUCCAUUGAAGGUGAAGUAACAGCCGUUGAUGUGAUAGGUGGAGAAGAAACCAUUUCACGAGGAAACCUCCGAAAACAUGGAGGACUGUUUGACUAGCUAGUAACAUGCCAUAAUUUGAAGUAGACUAUAACAAUUGAUGAAAGAUCGAAAGAUCACCCUUGAUCCCACUAGCAGUCCUCUCUGAUCAAUCAAAGUACCGGUACCGGAAGGUGAAUAGGGUGCGGUUCCCAGCA